AUGACUUGUCCCUUCGCAAAGUUCGCGGGAAUACUGCCUGCGUCUGCCGCACACGUGCGUGCUCUACACGGUCUUGACGCGACCGUAUCCGACACCAACGCGCAAGGGCUGUCGCUAUCCGAGGCAUUGCGUGUGGGGACAGCACGCAGCCAUCGAGCGGUGGAAAAGUCGCGCGGCGUAUCGUUGCUACUCCAAACCACCGCCACCGCCUCGGACGCAGCACACGAAGGGCUCAGCUUCGAUAGAACCGACUAUACCCGCUUCAACAUUAUGCUCGCCUGCAUCUACACGGUUUUGGAGUCUGCCAUGAUUGAUGCACAGUCGACAUCGUUGAUUGCGCCGCUGUUUGAGGAUGUGGGUUUGAUGGCGGGCCUGGCGCGUAGUGCGGUAUUGCUGGGUGAUAUCCAUGCGCACCUGGACACGAUCCACGUUCACACAGGUGCGAGCCUGUCGGAUCUUGCCGAACACGAGCGCGACAACCUCACCCCAUCCUCAUCAACAUUCCCGGAAGAUACGGAGAACCCACUCGCUCGAGCACGCUUGCUGGCGCUCGUUCAAGCCGCCACACCACAGGCGCUCUCCCUCACCCCCAACUCUACAGCGCCAGUGCUGGGCGAGGAGCACAUUGCACUGCUUCAUCCCGCCCAAGUGCACGCCACACUCGCCUACGUCGAGCGACUCACCCACAUCCACCCAGAUCUGCUCCUCGCACAUGCAUACACCCGCUAUCUAGGCGACCUUUCCGGAGGCCAGCACAUCGUUCGCAAGGUCACCAAACGCUUCCCCACACCCCGCACCGGCGCUGGAUUCGCAUUCUACGCUUUCGACAACCCCUCCCUCCUCAAGAACCGCUUUCGAGAAGCAAUGCACGCCCAACAGCUCACAAAGGCACAGAUGCAAGAGGUGGUGGACGAAGCAAAUACGGCGUUCGAUUGCAAUACCGCACUCUUCGAAAGCUUGCUACCCGCAAACAUGCGACAAUCCAGCGAACGUACCCACAACAGCACGGCGGUGCAUAUGGCCACGAAGAACACACAGCUCCCAAUCGCUGCUUGGAUCGUCGUAGCCGCUGCAACCGCCACAAUCACCGCGGCCUGGCUCGCUCACUCCCCAUCCCCCGCCAUCCUCGCAUAG